ACAGACCCGCACCUGUUCUUAUCUCAGCUUCAGAAGUGCAUACCAAAAUUAUCAUGGAACCAACCAUUUCACAAACCAAUUGUAUCUAAUGAUGCAUCUAUGCUCGGUGUUCUUAUUGCAUCCCUCAAGGACUUUGUCACCCAUGGACACUUAUCAAAUGCAUUCAAAACCUUCUUUCAUAUCCAACACCGUGCAGCUUCUUCAAUUUCUUUCAAUAUUCUGUUACACCCCAUUAACUCUCUUCUCUUGGCUUGCACCAACCUUAAGUCUUUGCCACAGGGUAAGCAGCUUCAUGCCCAUGUCAUUUCUCUGGGUCUUCAUCACCAUCCUAUGUUGGUUUCACGGCUUAUUAAUCUUUACACAAGUGUUAAUCUUCUUCAUGAUGCUCAAAGUGUCACUGAGAGCUCUAAUAGUUUGGAUCCCUUACAUUGGAAUUUGGUCAUCUCGUCGUAUGUUAGAAAUGAGUUCUUUGUGGAGGCUCUUUCUGUGUACAAGAAAAUGUUGAAUAAGCAGAUUCAACCUGAUGAAUACACUUACCCGAGUGUUCUCAAGGCUUGUGGUGAAUUGUUAGAUUUGGAUACUGGUUUGGAAGUUCACAGGUGUAUUGAGGGUAGCUCCAUGAAGUGGAGCUUAUUUGUGCACAAUGCACUCGUCUCCAUGUACGGUAGGUUAGGGAAACUGGAUGUUGCUCGUCACUUGUUUGAUAAUAUGUCAGUUAGAGAUGCUGUUUCUUGGAACACUAUAAUUAGUGUUUAUGCUUGUAGGGGUAUGUGGCAGGAAGCGUUUCAGCUAUUUGGAAGAAUGCAAGAGGAGGGUGUUGAAAUCAAUGUAAUUAUAUGGAACACAAUUGCUGGAGGGUGCUUGCAUUCUGCCAAUUUCAGGGGGGCACUUAAGCUGAUUUCUCGGAUGAGAGCAUCCAUUUGUUUGGAUUCCAUUGCAAUGGUUGUUGGAUUAAAAGCGUGUUCCCACAUUGGCGCCCUUAAAUUGGGAGAGGAGAUUCAUGGUCAUGCUGUACGAACUUGCUUUGAUGUGUUUGACAAUGUGAAGAAUGCAUUGAUUACAAUGUAUUCUAGGUGUGGAGUCCCUGGGCUUGCGUAUACAUUGUUUCAUAAAAUGGAAGAGAAAUGUUUGAUCACUUGGAAUGCCAUGAUUUCUGGAUAUGCUCACAUGGAUCGAGCCGAGGACGUCUCCUUCCUCUUUAGAGAGAUGUUAAAUAAGGGCAUUGAACCGAAUUAUGUGACCAUUGCAAGUGUUCUUCCCCUCUGUGCUCGCAUAGCAAAUCUACAGCAUGGCAAAGAGUUUCAUUGCUACAUCAUGAAGCAUGAACAGUUUGAUGAAUAUUUAUUAUUGUGGAAUGCCCUAGUGGACAUGUAUGCAAGGUCUGGCAAAGUUUUAGAAGCCAGAAAAGUGUUUGAUUCAUUGAGCACAAGAGAUGAAGUUACGUAUACUUCCAUGAUUAUGGGAUAUGGUAUGAAGGGAGAAGGAGAAACAGCUCUACAACUAUUUGAAGAGAUGGGAAAGCUCAAGAUUAAACUGGAUCAUGUAACUAUGGUAGCGGUUCUAUCAGCUUGUAGUCAUUCUGGUCUUGUAGGCAAGGGGCAAAUGCUUUUUAAAAAUAUGGUAGAUGUUUAUGGGUUAGUUCCUCGUCUAGAGCACCAUGCUUGCAUGGUUGAUCUCUUUGGGAGGGCUGGUCUUCUAAACAAGGCAAAGGAGGUAAUCACAGGGAUGCCAUACAAGCCAACUCCAGCAAUGUGGGCAACACUCAUAGGAGCUUGUCGAAUCCAUGGUAAUACAAUGAUGGGGGAAUGGGCAGCGGGAAAAUUGUUGGAAAUGAAGCCUAAUCAUUCAGGUUAUUAUGUGUUGAUUGCAAAUAUGUAUGCAGCUGCUGGUUGUUGGAACAAACUAGCUCAAGUGAGGACUUAUAUGAGAGAUUUGGGUGUGAGAAAGGCUCCUGGUUGUGCUUGGGUUGAUGUUGGCACUCAGUUCUCUUCCUUUUUAGUGGGAGACAUUUCCAACCCUCAUGCGUCUGAGAUUUACCCUUUGAUGGAUGGAUUGAAUGAGCUAAUGAGAGAUGCUGGUUAUGUACGUAGUGAGGAAUCUGUUUCAUCCGAGGAAGAUUUUGAAGAGAUGAAUAUUGAGGGAAGUGCAUACUGAAGAGGAGCUAAACAUAUCAAUAUCAUAUCAAUAUAGAUGGUUAUUCUUAUAUUCUUGUAGUUAGUUUAUACAAUCCCAUAUGAAAGGCCUAAAAGGCAAAAAAAAUUGCUUAAUCAGUGGUUGGACCAGAGAAAAAUUGAAUUCUUCACUCUAAAAUUAUAAUCAGUUUAUUUUGGUAUGGCCAUUUUACUUUAUUAGCGAAUUUGAUUUCAUUACUCCAAUCGCUAAGGCUAGCCAUUUCGUUUAUCAGUUAACCUUAUAGAGAUUAAGUGAUGCCUCAACAUUUUACAGAGAACAACGCCUGUUGAUCUGCUAAACCGAAUCAUACAUUAUUGAAAUUAAUUAAAAAUUAAAUUAUCUAAAAUAUUAUUUAUCAUUAUUUUUUUUAAUAUUUUUUCUAAUUUUUUAUAAGUUUCUCUUAACUUUUUUUACCGGACUAAAAAUUAUGUUUUAUAAUUAAUAAUAAUCUCCAUAAGAGAAUAAUAACUACACAUACUUGAAAAAGUUAAUUUAAAUAUGCGAAAUAAUUGAGAAAAAAAAUCUCCAAAGAGAUUGUAUCACUUCCUAC